AUGGAUCAUUCCAGCUUGCACGAAUUCAUCAUUUCCUCAUUCCUCAACAGCCAGCGUCCUCCCACUGUCAGCGAGAUCGCCACCCGCUUCGAAAGUGAUGUAGCUACGGCGCGGCAAGCCCUGCGAGCUCUGGCAGACUACCAUGGUGUUGUGCUGCACCCCAAAUCCGACGAGGUGUGGGUUGCCCACCCGUUUUCGGCAGCGCCCACGACCUGCGUCGUGUCCUCGGGCGAUCGCAAAUGGUGGGGGAACUGUGCCUGGUGCUCAUUCGGCGUGAUGCACCUCGCAGGUGGAACAUCGACCUUCACGACAAGGACUGGCGCCAUCGGCGACGAAGUGACCAUCACGGCCCGCGACGGACAGCUGGUGGACACGGACUUUGUGAUACACUUUCCAGUUCCCAUGACUGAUGUCUGGGAUAACGUCAUCUACACCUGCUCGGUCCAGCUGCUAUUCCGCAAUGAGGCCGAGGUGGACGAGUGGUGUGCUACGAGAGGGAUCGCAAAGGGAGAUGUGCGUCCAGUCAAGCAAGUUUGGGAUUUCGCGGCUGAAUGGUACGGCCGCCACGCCGAUGCAGACUGGAAGAAAUGGACUUUGCAAGACGCAAUCAAGAUUUUUGGCCGGCAUAAACUCACUGGUCCAAUUUGGACGAUUGGAGACGAGAGAGGGCGCUUUUGA